AUGAGGAGGGUCUUGUUUUUAGUGGCGGCGGUUGUUUUAGCAGUUCUUGGCAGUGGUAGUGCCGUUCGUGGCGGAGAUGUAACCUACGAUGGCAGAUCUCUGAUAAUUAAUGGGCAACGGAAGAUUGUUUUCUCUGGUUCUAUUCACUAUCCUCGAAGCACCCCAGAGAUGUGGCCAUCUCUGAUAGCCAAAGCCAAGGAAGGAGGACUGGAUGCGAUAGAAACCUACGUGUUUUGGAAUGCCCAUGAACCACAACCUGGUCAUUAUGACUUCAGUGGAGGGCAUGACAUAGUGAGGUUCAUCAAGGAAGUCCAGGCACAGGGCCUCUAUGCAUGUCUUAGGAUUGGACCCUUUAUUCAGAGUGAAUGGUCUUAUGGAGGGCUCCCAUUCUGGCUGCAUGACAUCCCGGGGAUUGUUUUUCGAUCUGACAAUGAACCUUUUAAGGUACAUAUGCAAAACUUUACUGCAAAAGUAGUGAGCAUGAUGAAAUCAGAGAAUUUGUAUGCUUCACAGGGAGGUCCAAUCAUACUAUCACAGAUCGAGAAUGAAUAUGGCACAGUACAGAAGGCUUAUGGUCAAGAGGGGCUAGCAUAUGUCCAAUGGGCAGCACAAAUGGCUGAGGGACUUCAAACUGGGGUGCCAUGGGUUAUGUGCAAGCAAAAUAAUGCUCCUGGUCAUGUGAUAAAUUCAUGCAAUGGAAUGAAAUGUGGACAGACAUUUGUUGGUCCUAACUCACCAAAUAAACCAUCAAUAUGGACAGAGAAUUGGACAACUCGCUAUCGAGUAUAUGGUGAGGAUGCACCAAUAAGAUCUGCAGAGGACAUUGCGUUUCAUGUUACAUUAUUUAUCGUUGCAAAGAACGGAAGCUUUGUGAACUACUACAUGUAUCAUGGUGGAACCAAUUUCGGGAGGACAGCCUCUGCAUUUGUAACAACUAGUUAUUAUGAUCAAGCCCCACUUGAUGAGUAUGGAUUGACUACACAACCAAAAUGGGGUCAUCUCAAGGAGUUGCAUGCCGCAAUACAACUAUGUUCAACGCCUUUGCUUUCAGGAGUGCAAGUUAAUUUCUACCUAGGCCCACAGCAACAAGCCUAUAUCUUUAAUGCAGUAUCAGGAGAAUGUGCUGCUUUUCUCAUAAACAAUGACUCAAGAAAUGCCGCAUCAGUUCCCUUUCGAAAUGCCUCAUACGACUUGCCUCCAAUGUCAAUUAGCAUCUUACCUGACUGCAAGAACGUUGCCUUCAAUACUGCGAAGGUCAGUACUCAAUACACCGCAAGAACUAUGGGAAGAGGCGAGGUUUUAGAUGCUGCAGAUAUGUGGCAGGAAUUCACCGAAGCAAUCCCUAACUUUGACAGCACCUCAACAAGAUCAGAAACUUUAUUAGAGCAGAUGAAUACCACGAAAGAUUCAUCUGAUUAUCUUUGGUACACACUCAGGCUUCAGCAUGAGUCAUCUGACACACAAACCAUACUUGAUGUGAGCUCUCUUGGCCAUGCUUUGCAUGCAUUUGUCAACGGACAAGCAGUAGGAUCUGUUCAAGGAAGCCAUAAGAAUCCAAGGUUCAAAUUCGAAACAAGUGUUUCUUUGAGUAAAGGGAUUAACAAUGUCUCCUUACUGAGCGUGAUGGUUGGAAUGCCGGAUUCAGGAGCAUUUUUGGAGAAUAGAGCCGCAGGACUGAGAACCGUGAUGAUUAGAGAUAAACAAGACAAUAAUGACUUCACCAACGACUCAUGGGGAUAUCAGAUAGGAUUGCAGGGAGAGACGUCACAAAUUUACACGGAGCAAGGAUCAAGCCAAGUUCGGUGGAAAAAGUUUUCAGUCGCUGGAAAUCCACUCACAUGGUACAAGACUCGGGUUGAUGCACCUCCAGGGGAUGUCCCAGUUGCCUUAAAUCUUGCAUCCAUGGGAAAGGGAGAAGCUUGGGUUAAUGGUCGAAGUAUUGGUCGAUAUUGGCCCUCGUAUCGUACCCCGAAUGGAUCUGCACAGACCUGGUAUAAUGUGCCAAGAUCAUUCCUCAAACCUGCAGGAAACCUAUUAGUUUUACAGGAAGAGAAGGGUGGGAACCCCCUCCAGGUAUCCUUGGACACUGUCUCAAUCUCACAGGUGUGCGGUCAUGUGACUGCUUCUCAUUUGGCUCCAGUAUCUUCAUGGACAGAACAUAACCAAAGAUAUAAAAAUCCUGCGAAGGUCAGUGGAAGAAGACCUAAAGUACAGCUAGCUUGUCCUUCAAAAAGCAAGAUUUCGCGUAUUUCGUUUGCAAGCUAUGGAACCCCACUUGGUAACUGUAGAAAUUCCUUGGCUGUUGGAACUUGCCACUCCCAAAACUCAAAAGCUGUUGUCGAAGAGGCAUGUCUAGGGAAGAUGAAGUGUUCCAUUCCAGUAUCAGAACGGCGGUUUGGUGGCGAUCCGUGCCCCGCAAAAGCAAAAUCGUUGAUGGUUGUUGCAGAAUGCCGAUGAUUGAUAUUGCCAUAUCAUUUAAAGCUUUGAAUUAUUCUUAUAUAUAGUUCGUUUUGAAGAAAUUUAUAUUUAUGUUGAUGUGAAUAACCGAAGGAAGUGAUAUCAUUUAAAGCUUUGACAUUGUUCGAGG